AUGAAUUUGAAUUGGAUGUCAUAAGCAUAAAUAGUAAGUAUAAAUUAAUCGAAUGAAAAGGGUGACAAUAAUUAUUCUUUUGUAAUAUCUUCUGACAAUUCAAAAAUUAUAUCUGGAUAUUCUUAAUCUAUUAAAUCAUAUAGUUUAGAUGCUAAUUCAAAAUAAAAUAUUGAUAGAAGUGUUCCUUAGAAAAUAAAUUGUUUAGUAUAAAUUGAUUUAAAUACUGUUAGUAUUGGUUGUGGUAAGAAGAUAUAUCUGAAUUAACUUAAUAAAUCUGAAGAUCUAGUACUAGGAGAACAUGAAUACAAUAUAACAUGCCUCAGUUACUCAUAGAUAACAUCAUUACUAGCAUCUGGUAGUGAAGAUGAAAAGAUAUUUUUAUGGAAUGUGAAUGCUCAAAAGAAAAUAGCAGUAUUUGAAGGUCAUAGAGGGUGGAUUAAUUAAUUAUCUUUUUCUCCUGAUGGAUAAUGUUUGGCCUCUGCAAGUGAAGACUAAUAAAUUAAAUUAUGGAAUAUUGAAUAAAGUGAAUAAUCAAAUAUUUCAAAAGGACAUUAAAAAUGUGUAAACUAAGUUGCCUUCUCAAAAGAUGGUCUUAUUAUUGCAUCAUGUAGUGCAGACUGUUCAAUUAUAUUAUGGGAUUUAAUAGAAAAAAACUUUAUUAUUAUGUUAAAAGAACAUACUGCAGAUGUGCGUUGUCUAGAAUUCUCUUUUAGUUCUAAAUGGUUGGCAUCAGGAAGUAUUGAUGGAUCAAUAUGUUUGUGGGAUGUUAAAUUUCCAUAGGAGACUACUUUAUACUGUAAAAUAAAUGAGCUUUAUUUAUAUCCGGAUUUCUUAUGUUUUGCUCCAUCAGAUUGUUUUGCUACUAUUUCAAAUGAUAGAGGUUAAAAAAUGAAAUAAAAAAUAGUUACUAAAAUUUAAGUUUGGAGUUUGGAUUAAAUAGAUAAAAAAGAUGAUAAAAAAUUGGAAAUCUAAAAAUAUGGGAUCAAUCCUAUGUGUUUAUCUGAUCGUUAUAGAGAUGAGGAUUAUAUAUUUUAAGGUUAUGAUACUCUAGUAAAGGUUCAUAAUUUAUCAAAUGACUAGAUUGAAAUCCUUGAAGGACAUUCAUCUAAAGUUGUAAUUAUUAAAUCAUGGGAUUAUGAUAGACAAUUAUUAUCAAUAGAUAAUAAAAAUAAUAUGAUUAUUUGGUAAAAAACAAACAAUAGUUGGAAAUAGCAAUCACAAAUUUAAUUAGAACCAGGCACUGUUUAAAAUGAUAUAAUUGAUUCUCAAUAUCAAGAUUAGUUUGUAUCCAUAAAUAGUAAUGCUAAUGCUAUUAUCAUAUCAAAUCUUAAUUAAAUGUAAAAGUAGAGGCCUUUUAUUGAUUUAGAUAUAAAAUUUUGGAGAAGUUAUCUAUCAAACAGUUAAUAAUUAUUUAUAACAAUGGGUGACUAAUAAAUAACAGUGAUAGAUAGCUGUUCUGGAGAAAUUAAAUUUAAAAUUGAGAAUCCUAUCAAUUCAGAUCAGUCAAUUAUAUCCAAUGAUGAUGGAUUUUUAGCUAUUUUAGAAAGGUAUUCAAAUAAGAUCUUUAUUGUUGAUAUUUUCUAAAAAAUAAGAAGAUGUAAAUUUAGAAUUUGA